GUGCCUACCUUCACUAGUGAGGUGCACAUCCCUCCGGACGGCUGGGAACUCACUUCAAGAAGUCGCGCAGUAGCUUCUGGUGGAAAUGACCAUCUUGCGAGUCCUGGGUCUCCUACAGCUGCUGGCUGUACCUGCUUUCACUCUGACAAGGCCAGCCCAUGACUAUUGGGGAGAGUUUGGAGCCUUCGGGCCCUGCAGCCGCACCUGUGGCACGGGAGUGACAAUGAGAACCAGGAUGUGUAUCACUUCGAGGACAGAUGGAGGACAUAACUGCAUUGGCUCCUCUAAGUCAUUCCAAACCUGUAAUACACAAGAAUGUCCAUUUGGAUCCAUGGACUUCAGGGAGGAGCAGUGCUCCCAGUUGGACAGAACGGACUUUCAGAUCAAAAGCCACACAUGGAUGCCUUAUUAUGGAGCAUCCAAUCCAUGUGAGUUGAGCUGCGUCCCAAGAGGAGAGAACUUCUUCUACAGACACAGACCUGCAGUGGUGGAUGGGACUCCAUGCUAUGUGGGCCGCACUGAUAUCUGUGUGGACGGCAUCUGCAGGAUGCUGAUCCAUGGAGAGUUUAUGGGCUUGGAUGACGACGCUAACACUGUCCACUCUGCUGCUCCCGUUGCUUUUGCUCCGAGGGAAACACAAUCAUACAUCUACAAAGUUGGCGUCUACGACCAGUGCACUGCCUCCUGCAAUGGAGGCAUGCAGUAUCGCAGUGUGGAGUGUUGGGUUCAGGACCCAGCAAACCCCCGUGUGGUGGAAGAGUCUCACUGCAUCACCCAGCGCCUGCAGAGGCAUCACAGCCAGCAGGCCUGCAACAUGCAGCCAUGUGCUGCCGAGUACAGUGUCUCCAGCUUCAGCGUGUGCUCGGUGACUUGUGGGGAAGGCCAGCAGACGAGGGAGGUCACCUGCGUGGGGUCUAGAGGUGACCGUCUGGCUGACCAUGCCUGUAGAGGACUGGCAAGACCCCCUUCUGUCCAGGCCUGCCGCAGACCUGCCUGUUCCACACACAUCACCUGGCACGUGACUGUCUACGGACUGUGCACCAGAAGCUGCAGUGGUGGUGUGAGGGAGAGGAGAGUGGGCUGUUUUGAUACAGAUUUGAACCCCUCCCCUGAGGCCCGGUGUGGAACAGCUACCAAACCUCUCUCGGUCGAAACUUGCAACACACAGCCCUGUCCCACAGCACAAAUGGUCCCAAGUGUACAGGACCCAAGGGCACAAGAGAGCACCAUGAGAGGAUUUGUACCCCAUGUUCCAGAAGACCCUUCAGCUUCCAGACCACAGACACACAUGGCCUACCCUCCUGCGAUUGGUCCUCACUGUGCACAGUCGUUAUACGGCUGCUGUCCUGAUAGAUACACCACUGCCACGGGGCCAAGGAACGAGGGCUGCUCCCAAGGCGACUGCGUUCGCACCAGGUACGGCUGUUGUUUGGAUGGGGUGACUCCAGCUCAAGGAUUUGGAAGGGCCGGAUGUCCCGAGUACCUGCCAGCUGUGCAACACGCACCACCUUCUGCCCCUCCACCCUCUGGUCACGUGUGCUCCAUGCCUCGUGUUGAGGGCCCCUGCGAUAUUUGGAAGGUCCGCUUCUACUUUGACUUUGGCACAGGCAUAUGUACUGAGUUCUGGUAUGGAAGCUGCCAGGGCAAUGCUAAUAACUUUGUGUCACUGGAAGCAUGCCAGAGAGAGUGUGGUGAUGUGGUGAUGAGGGAGCCCCCACCAGCAUCUCGGAGAGGGACCCCAAGGAGAUGGGCACAAAGCGGUGCUAUGAGGGAAAGGGCAUGACCAUGCUCACCAAAAUUACCCCCAAAUCAUGGGAUAAUCAGAGUCCCACCUCUAUGAAGCGAACCAUGUGUUAUUUACAUUUAUGAAAUUCACAAAUAUGUAUUCUAAAACUUACCACAUCCUACCUUUCAUUUAAAGAUUAGACUGUACAUUAAAAAGCAUCUAGAUUUUCACACAUUAUAACUACCAUGAAACCAGCUCAUGGUUCUGAUUUUGUUAUCGUUGGGAGCUCAGUAUUUUGUUUGUGAUGCUUAGUAUAUUUUGACUUUUAGAUGAGGACCACAAUAACAUAUUGUCAAUGUGAUUAUAAGAUAAACCAUUAACCUAAUCAAUAAAUGUU